AUGUUUAACUUGGAAAAUUAUUAUGACUUUUACGAAACAUGCAUCAGAGCUCAAACACUUUUACAGAGUAAACUUGGUGAUGGCGGCGAUGCGACAGCGGUUUGUGCCCCGAUUAUUAAAGAAGAUACUGGUGGCAUCGGAGGAGUAAUACCCAACUUGGAAAGACUGGUUCAUUGUGAUCUGUGCUCCGCUUCAUUCACAACCGCCAAGGACAGGUGGACCCACGUUUUGCGAACUCACAAAGGUGAUCCUAGAAUAACGUGUACGUUUUGUCGAAAGAGUUUCAGUACCAUAUCCGCGCUAAAUUUUCACAAGAAAAAUAAACAUCCAGAAGAAAUGGACGAGCUUGAAAAAAAGCUGAAACCACUUCCGAAGCUUCAAAAAAUCAACGAAAUCCCCAAAAUCCAAAAUAAAACAUACGAAACGGUUCGAAAUUUUCUAAACAAUAAGACUGAAAACAUAUUACAGGAUGCCAGGCAUUCGGAUUUAGCAAAUUUUAAUGUAAAAAUUGGUAAUACAGACAUUAAGUUCGGAAACGCGAGCAUCACAGUCGGAAAUACGGAUAUUCGCGUCGGCAAUUCCGGAGGGGUUAGUGAAAACAGAGCGAGCGAAAAUCAAUCGAUGAUAGAUAGAUUGAAAAAUUUAGGUGUCGACGUGUUUACUGGAAAUUCCAAAACUAACGAUUAUAAUUCCGAAAGUUUAUACGGACACGAGAACGUUGAACACCACAGGCGAAAAGUUCAAAAAAAACAAAAAAUUUACUCAUCGAGUGACGAACAAAAUGCGACAGAGUUUCAAAAUCCUGAAGACUUGCUAGAACUGGACAUGGAUUUGGAGGGAAAUGACAACGUUGAGAACAUUGUAGAAUCUGAGAGUAUAUUCGGUUGCGAAGUAUGUUUUCGCGACUUUAAGGAUCGGUCUUCGCUAUGGCUGCACAUGCUGUAUUCUCAUAAAGUUGAAGCAGGGUGUACUUGUGGAAUAUGCCUGAAAUUAUUUUCCAAUUAUCACGAAUUAGCAUUACAUGGGAAUCUCUGCAAGGAUCAAAUAGAAAGUGAAAAAAGGAGGUACUACUGCAAAAUUUGCUAUAGGCAGCACGAUUCCAAGAAAAAAUUAGAAUCGCAUACUUCAAUUCAUAAUUUAAAUGACGAUUUUAUUAAAGAAAAUUUCGAUUUAAAUAAUUUGAUAUCGUCAAACCCUACCAUGACUGAAAAAAUAAAAUUAGAGGACUAUAUGGAAGCUGAUGUGAGCGAAUAUUCGGAUACGUAUUCGCAAGAGCUCGAUAUUACCAAUGACUCAACACAACACAGCAUGACUGGUAACGGAUAUCCCAAUGCAGGACAGCAGUAUUUUGACGAAGUACAAAGUUAUAGAGAUCAAUUAGCCUAUCAAAACUUUUUAGAAGGAUCCGGACAUUUUUUAGAGUCCUCAUCGUUUUUUGAUAACAUCAAAACGGAAGAAACAAAAACGGAUGCUAAUCAAUCUGAAGACUUGAAUAAAUUUCGAUGCGACGAAUGUUAUAGAUCCUACGAAACAUCUCUACAGUUGACGAAACACAAAUACAACGUUCAUAGAAAUCCGAAUAGAUUACAAUACAGGAACGAUUCAUUCGGUAAUCCCGUUUACGAAUGCGAAUAUUGUGGGCAAACUUAUGACUCUCCGAAGCAGUUAACAAAACACCGUUACAACGUUCAUAAAUUUCCUACCAAUGCGGUUCCCAUUGACGAAACUGGAAAACAAAUGUUCAAUUGUUCCGAAUGUCCGAGAGCUUUCGAAACUCCCAGGCAGUUACAAAAACAUCGUUACAACGUGCACAAAGCCAUGAGGAAACCCGCCGGUCAAUCGAUUCCGGGUUGCGAUAGCCCGAGCAGUGUUGAAUCUUUCAAACCCGGUUUCCAUUACUCAUCAUUUGAUUGUGAAAUUUGCGGUGAAAAGUCUACGAGCAAAACGGAACGUUGGAAACACUGUUAUAAACAACAUCAAAACGAAGAAAAAUUAGUUUGCUCCAAUGAAGAUUGUAAAAAAAUCAUGCCUACGGAAAAUUUUCAAAAGGAACACAUGAACUUUCAUGCGAUGCAAGGAAAAUAUCCCAUUUGUUGUGAAAUUUGUUCGAAACUCUGGACGACGAAAAUGGAAUUUUGGAAACACGUAUCGGGAGUUCAUUAUUCCCUAAUAGGAUUAACUUGCGGAGUUUGCAUGAGAAUGUUUUUGACGCUGGAUGAGUUGAAAGCACACAUAAAAAUCCAUGAGCCGUUGUCGGAAGCAGAAUUUAAUUGUGACAUUUGUGGUCGCGGAUAUUCCUCCAAGCCGAAAAUGACACGGCAUAGACUGAUUCACGAAAACGAUCCCGAAAGUGAUGAAUAUAAUAUAUUGAAACAUACAUUAUUAAAAGGUAAUAAACCGCCGCCGCCGCCGGUGGAAAAAGGAAAAUACGAAAUUUUAAAUAUACCGAAAAUAAAUAGAAAUUAUGAAAAUGAUUUGGAAAUCAUCGAAGUCAAUCCGGAUGAUAACGGUUUGGUGGAUUUGGAACACGAAGAAAAUACUGACACCCUCUGGUGCGACGUUUGUCCGGACCUUACAUUUGCAGACCUUGAUGAAUUGAGGUCUCACAGGCGUAACAUACACGCAUUAUACCCUUGCGAUUUAUGUCCAAAAUUUUACGGCGGAGUGAGUCAUUUGUGGAAGCACACGAAUCGUAGUCAUAAAAAUCAUCCCGACAUAACGUGCGAGUAUUGCGGUAAAACGAGUGCGAGUCGAAUUCAGCUCAGAGGACACAUAAAUAAAAAUCAUAAGGAAAUUUUAUUGGGUCACGUCGUGUCAGAAGGAGGAAAUCCUUUACACGUUUUACCAGAUCCGGAUCCGACAAACUUAAAUUGUCGAAGGUGCGGUCGGGAAUUUAGGAUUCGUUCUCUCGUACGAAGACACGAGCGAACGUGUUUAACAAAGACUAAUUUCGAUCCGGAUCCAACGAAUCUGAAUUGUCAAAAGUGUGGAAAAUAUUAUCCCAUUCGAUCUUUGGUCAGAAGACAUGAGAAAGCUUGCCUUAAUAGAAUCAUCAAGGAUGUGGAUCCGGCCAAUUUAAAUUGUAAAGUUUGUGGUAAAGAGUUUCCAAAACGAUCGUAUUGUCGGCGUCACGAGCGAACGUGCGGUACAAAGAAAGAACGCACACCGAAGGAGGAGGGUCCCAUCGAAAUUCACUGCGAAUGGUGUCCGAAGCAAUUCAACAACAGGCGUGCUUAUGCCAGUCACGUGGAUUACAUGCACAGUUUGGUCACUUGCGAAAUUUGCGAAGAGGAUGAAAAAGCAUCGUUCAGAUCAAAAACUGAACUUUACAAUCAUUGUAAGGAAAAGCACAGCGAUCAUCCGGAUUUGUUAUGUACUUUUGAAAAAUGUAGGAGACUUCUUAGAACGAAAAUCGAUUUGGAGAAACACAUGAGAGAUCAUAAGAAUAGAGACAAUCCUCCGACUUGCGAAUAUUGUGCCGACAUAUUUAAGGGACGUAAAAAAUUAAGGAUUCACAUGUUGCAUCAGCAUAGAUCUGAAGAAUCGAGGAGAUACAUCUGUGGUGUUUGCGUGAAAGUUCACGAUGAUACCGAAAAACUAAUUGCUCACGCUUAUGAAGCGCACAGUAAAAUAAUGGAAAGGGAUUUCGUUUGCAAAAUUUGCGCCAAACAAUAUAAUUGCAAUGCUAAAGUAUUAGAUCAUCACAAAAAUACUCACGAUAGUCAAUACAAACCUUGUAAAGUCUGUUUAAGGAUUUUCACCGAUCAAACUCUAUUGGAAGAACAUUUACAACAGCACGCGAUCGGGGACCGAAGUGUAAAUUCGGAUUUAGUUACGGACCAUCAAUGUACGAUAUGUAUGGAGUCUUUUGACACCGUAGUACUCCUUCACGAACACGUCAAAGAAAAUCAUCCGAACCUGCGAGAAAAUUCGUGUUUGAUUUGCGGAAAGAAAUACCAAAGCAUUUACACUUGUUAUGAUCACAUGGAAAACAAACACGGAGGCACUUACCUCACAUGCAGGAAGUGUUUAAUGUUGUUCACCGAUAAAGAGGAAAAGGCUGCUCACAUGAUGACUCAUGGUAUUCAAGAAGAAGUUGACGUACUGACUUGCACACUUUGUCGAACGCGCAACGAAUCCGAAGAAGCUUUAGAAAAUCACAUAAAAGAAUCUCAUUCGGAACUUUUCGACGAGUUGGCCGACCGAAACAUGUGUUUGAUAUGUUCCAAAGUAUUAAAGUAUAAAUAUAGCAUUUUCUGUCACGUGGAAAAAAAUCAUCCUCAAAACUACUGUUGUAGGGUUUGUUUGAUGAUUUACAAAGAAAAAGACAAGUUGGAUGAUCACGUGAUGAGAUUACACACGCGCGAUAAAGCAGGGAAUCCUCCGGUGUUCGUCCCGAAGACGGCUAGUAGUAAAAAACCCUUGAGUACAAAACGUCCUAAACAUAUGUGUGCCGUUUGCCAGAAAAUAGAAGAGAAUACUGACGAGUUAAGAAAACACGUCGAAACGGAACACGAAUUCGUUCUCUCAAAGGAUAUGACCUGUUUCCUUUGCGGUUCCACUUACGCCAAUCGAGUCAAAGUAGUGAGUCACGUGAAAUUAUAUCACGGUCCGCCUUACAUGUGUUGUCGAGAAUGCCUAAAAAUUUUUGACAACGAAGACGAAUUCGUGGCACACGUUGCCGAACACGAAAAUGACGUGACGCUAAAAUCUUCCGAAGAGAUUUCGAAGAGCGUCAAAAGAAAGAGGAGUUCGACUUUGACGGAUCCGUCUCCGAAAAGGUCGAAAGUCGAGGUGAAAGAAGAAAUGGAAGAAUUGGAGUCCGACAUGGAUAAAAUGGCGAGUGAAAAAGAUAACGAAGACAGUUACGUGUGCGAAACUGUCAAAAACCUCAGCGGUGAAGAAGAAUUCAAAAUUAAAAUCAAACACAGUAUUGGAACCAAAGAUGCAACGGACGAAAGUAAAAGUGGGAAAGUUUUGAAAAGGUUGGAAAAUAGGGAAGUCGUGCGAAACGGAGAAGAGAGCAGCGAAUUGGAAGGGUCCGAUAAGAAAAUGGGCAGUUCGGUAAAAGACAUGAAAAAUUUCACAUCGUGCGUAGCUGAAUAA